UCCACCUAAACUCGUCUUCUUUCCACACACUUCCAUCCCAUUUUGCAAUCUUUCUUCACUUUUCUCUCACUCUCUCUCUCUUUCUUCUUUCCAUUUACCUUCUUUCUCGCACUAGGUGUCUCUCUCUCUAAACCUUUCUUUCUUCAAUAUCCCAAAACCCUAAUUUUCUUUCUCAUUUUCUUUUGUUCUUAUAACACUCAUCGGACACCAAUCAUCCAAUGGGAUGCUGUUGUUCCCGAAAAGAACCAACCACCGAGAACGGUCCGACAAACCCUAAUGAUAAUAAUGCAGAAAGAUCCGAAAACGAUCCAUCGAGAGCCACCCCUCAAACUGCAUCCCCAUCUCCCACAGCAAACUCCGGCAAGCAAAACCCGAUUGGACCCGUGUUGGGACGCCCAAUGGAGGAUGUCCGCACGGGUUACACAAUCGGGAAAGAGCUUGGCCGGGGCCAGUUUGGUGUCACACAUUUGUGUACGAGCAAACAAACGGGUGAACAAUUGGCAUGCAAAACAAUUGCUAAACGGAAACUUGCGAACAAGGAAGAUAUGGAUGAUGUACGGAGAGAAGUGCAGAUCAUGCAUCAUUUGAGCGGGCAACAGAAUAUUGUGGACCUUAAGGGUGCAUUUGAAGACAAACAUUCGGUGCAUUUGGUGAUGGAGUUGUGCGCUGGCGGCGAGUUAUUUGAUCGGAUUAUUGCGAAAGGUUACUAUACCGAAAGGGGUGCUGCAUCAUUGCUUAGAACAAUUGUUCAAAUUGUUCAUACUUGCCAUUCAAUGGGAGUUAUUCAUAGAGAUCUAAAGCCUGAAAACUUUCUUUUGUUGGAUAAAGAUGAAAAUGCUCCCUUAAAGGCUACAGAUUUCGGUCUCUCAGUGUUCUACAAGCAAGGCGAGGUAUUUGGUGACAUUGUUGGAAGUGCAUAUUAUAUAGCACCUGAAGUUUUAAAAAGAAAAUAUGGGCCAGAAAUUGAUAUUUGGAGCAUUGGUGUCAUGUUGUAUAUUCUUCUUUGUGGAGUUCCUCCUUUUUGGGCAGAAUCGGAGCAUGGGAUAUUUAAUGCAAUCCUGCGUGGGUAUGUAGAUUUUACAAGUGACCCUUGGCCUACCAUAUCUCCCCAAGCUAAAGAUCUAGUCAGGAAGAUGUUGAAUUCAGAUCCCAAGCAACGGCUGACGGCACAAGAAGUGCUUUGUCAUCCAUGGAUUAAAGAAGAUGGUGAAGCACCUGAUACGCCACUUGACAAUGCUGUUAUGGGCAGGCUAAAACAAUUUAGAGCCAUGAACAAAUUCAAGAAAGUUGCUCUUCGGGUUAUUGCAGGAUGCCUAUCGGAGGAAGAAAUCAUGGGCUUAAAGGAAAUGUUUAAGGGAAUGGAUACCGAUAAUAGCGGAACAAUAACGCUUGAGGAGCUAAAACAAGGGCUUUCCAAGCAAGGGCCAAAAUUAUCUGAAAAGGAAGUUAAACAACUACUAGAAGCCGCGGAUGCAGACGGGAAUGGAACUAUAGACUAUGACGAGUUCAUAACAGCAACGAUGCAUAUGAACAGAAUGGAUAGAGAAGAACAUCUAUACACUGCAUUCCAGUAUUUUGAUAAAGAUAAUAGUGGAUACAUAUCUAUAGAAGAAAUGGAGCAAGCUAUACGUGACUACGGUAUGAAUGAUGGAAGAGAUAUAAAAGAGAUCAUAUCCGAGAUUGAUACGGAUAAUGAUGGUCGCAUCAACUACGACGAGUUUGUCGCAAUGAUGAGAAAAGGGAACAAACAAAAUAGUGUAAAUCCAAAGAGAAGAAGAGAUUCCUUUGUUCCUAAUAUAUGAGUUCGACUCAUUUAUUACAUGCAUGCGUGUACAUAUUUUCCAGAGACGUGAAGAGCAGAAGGUUAUGCAUACUAUCACCCAGAAUUUUUUGCAAAAUUCAAAUUACUUCAGCUGCAGUGAAGAUAAUUGAUGAAUCUUGAUUUGAUCUCCGGAAUUGACAUUGGUUCGGAUGUGGGUUUUUGUCAACAAAUUCAGCAGAAAAAUUGUCAUGUGAAUACUUGUAAUACUAGGCGAAAAAGCAAAAAAAAUGAAGGGUUCUAUCUGUGUGUUUAGAAAUA